UUAUCGAUUAUUAGCAUCUAAUCGUUUAAAUGCUGUCGCUUGGCUUUAGAAUUUCAUAUUCAAAACAAUUUCAGGCCUAUUAAAUCUUGUGCUGACUGAUACAACGGCGUUACCACGACCGAAGCUUCUUCUGAAUCUGUUUCUGUUGUUUUCGUGUCAAAGAGGACAACGAAUUUAAUCCUGACACAAACUGUCUGCUGACAAGAAAGCUUUGUCUAAAAGCAGAGACGACUUACUGUUUUGCUGUUUCAUUCCAUUUUCAAGUUUCAAAGAAACUUGAGACAAUGGGUGCUCCUGAUUUAUUUGCCUCCAAGAUCAAUGGUUUGGAUGCUAGAAAUUUAGCCCAUCAAGAUGCUAAUGCAGAAAAUAUUAACUGGGCUAUGUCUCUUCUUGACACCUCAAGAUUGGCCACAUUAGCUGUAUCUCUUUUCCUCAUUAUUUAUGGAAGUUUUAGAGCUACAAAAACUGACAAGAAUAAAGAAGAUAUCGAGGAAGAAGAUGGUUCUUCCUCUAGUUUUCUCUGGGAACAAGGUCACACAAUCGAGUCAGCACAGGCCUUGCUCCUGCCAUUUGGUGCAUCCAUGAGCUUAUUAAUCAUGUUCUUCUUUUUCGAUUCUCUCCAGUUGUUAUUCACAUUAAUGACUGCAGUUUUAGCAACAGUGGCCUUCUCAUUCCUGUUACUGCCUUUGUUUCAAUAUUUGACGUCACCAUGUUUUAAUCCAAAUAUCAAGAUAUCGUUUGGGAUUUGCGGCAGAUUCACCUCUGCUGAAGUAAUGUCCCUCAUAGCCUCCGCUGUUAUUGUCCUUAUGUGGAUACUGACAGGUCAUUGGCUUUUAAUGGAUGCCCUUGCUAUGGCUCUUUGCAUCGCGAUGAUAGCGUUCGUUAGGCUGCCCAGUCUCAAAGUCUCAGUUCUUUUAUUGUUUGGUCUCCUUGUUUAUGACGUCUUUUGGGUCUUUUUCUCAGAGUAUAUAUUCAAAGUCAAUGUUAUGGUUAAAGUUGCAACACAGCCAGCUUAUAACCCGGUUAAUUCUUUGGCUUAUAAUGACAAUAGUUUACCGGCAUCCGCAGCAAAAGGUUUCCCUAAAUUAUCCCUACCUGGUAAACUUGUUUUUCCAAGCUCCUACAGAACAGGACAUUUCUCGAUGCUUGGUCUCGGUGACAUCGUGAUGCCUGGCUUGCUUCUGUGUUUCGUUCUUCGUUUCGAUAAUCACAAGAAACGCAUGAAUUUGAACGAGGGUGAAACUUCAAAGAUAACAUAUUUCCACUGCUCCCUUAUCGGAUAUUUUGUUGGCUUGUUAACCGCAACCACAAUCUCGGAAUUAUCCAAAAGCGCUCAACCCGCCCUCCUCUACCUCGUUCCUUUUACAAUUCUUCCGCUGAUAACACGGGCCUAUGUCAAGGGUGACUUAAAGAAUAUGUGGCAAAACCCAUUUAAUGAACCAAACAAAGGAAAAGAAUUAGAAGUGUGACGUCAUUCUGUCGGAUCAUUACAUUCCAGUUCAUUUUUCUACAGCCAAUGCAGCUGUUCGAUCGUAGUUACCUAUUCUACAGCAUUUUACUGAUCUAGUGGACUUUUUGUAAAUAUUUUUUGUAGUUUUUCUUGAAAAGUGACAUUAGUGUAUAAUGUAAAAGCAUCCAACAAAACUAUUUAUAAAUGGCCACUAUAAUCAAGCGACAUGGCCAUUAAACAAUCAAUGAAAUUUCUUUCCGUUUCACAGUAAUGUUUGAAUUUGGUUUAUUAGGUCGUUGUGUCCCAAACUAGCUUAAACUCUUUCAUUUUCAAUCGUAAAACAUUCGUUUUAAAAUAUCCUUGUGUUUACUUGAUGUCCGGAUAUUUAGUGAAUGCUCUCCACUGCAACAAAAAUUAUGCCAUAUAUUUAAACCACAUUUUGUGCCACCCUGUGUUGCAACUCUCAAAAGUUUAUUUGGAAAGUUUUUAGUCGUAUUAUUUUUUGUUCAAAAGUAUCUACAUUGCAAUAACCGUUGCCAUUUCAAACUGUGACACUAGGAAUUGCAGCUACUUGUUAAGCAUGAUAGAUUUUCACUGAUGAGGUGUAUUAAAAUAAAACGCAUCCUUUAAAUUGUCUAUUCGCCUGUAUAUUGAUUGAUUCUUGCUUUAUGUAGGUUGUGUAUAUUACCAAAUUUACAUCUCUUUUAUUAACAUAAAAUUCUUCUUCAUGAAAGAAUAAGUAUGA